GCUUCGCACGUCUGGUGUCGAGACAUUGGAAAAAUAAGGUUAAGUUUGUCGUUCAGUGAAAAAAGUAGUUUCUUAAAUAUUGUGAUAAUUAUUUACAAAAUUUUUUUGUAUUUUGUUUUUAAUAGUGUUAGAAAAAGAAGUCUUUUUUUCUUUCUAAUAACGAAAAUAAAUAUCAAGUCAAUUCAAUUUGUGCCACACAGUGAAAGGAGUUAUUAACUUUCAAGCAACUACAACCUAAAGCAAUCUUUAAUGUGAUGAAAUUGUAACUGAGAAUAAUAUUUCAGAUUGCAUCAGCCAAAACAAAAGAAUGUCACGAAAAUUUAAAAAGACUCCAAUUUACGUUGUCGAAGAUCAUCAUGAUGCUUUGCCUUGCAUUUAUCGUUGUUUGGGAUCAAAACAUUUGCCAUUUGAAGGUAACACCAUAAUUCAUUUAGACUCCCAUCCUGACAUGCUGAUUCCAAAGGAUAUGAAUGCUGACACCGUGUGGGAUAAGCAACAACUCUUUAGUGAAAUUAGCAUCGAAAACUGGAUACUUCCUGCAGCUUAUGCUGGACAUUUGAAGAACUUGGUUUGGAUUAAACCGCCAUGGGCAAAACAGAUGACAGAUGGUAUGUUAACGUUUCUUAUUGGAAAGCACAAAGAAACUGGUCUGAUAAGAUUAACAUGCUCGGAACCAUAUUUCGUCAGCGAGGCACUCUAUUGCUAUCCCGAGGAACUUGAAAAUACACGCGAAGUGACAUUACAUGUAAUAACAAUGGGUUCUUUUAUUGAAGAUUCAAUGAAACGUGAUGAUUUUCCCGCAAUUGCAUCAGCACUUCGACAAUAUUUACCAGAAAGUGACACACCCUAUAUUCUUGAUAUUGAUCUUGAUUUCUUCAGCACAAAAAAUCCAUUCAAGACACUUUAUGAGAAUGCAAAUAUCUAUGAAAAAUUGGCACCACUUUACGAAUUUAAACGACCAAAUUCAACUGAUCAGGAAAUUUUAAAAGAAGCAACAAUGGCGAGAGAUGAACAAUUGACGGAAUUACAGGAAUUAUUUUCCUAUUUAGAGGAAAAUAGAAAUUUAUAUGGUUAUGAGAAGGAAAAAAGUGCAAGAUACGAAGCUGUCGAGUUGAUAUAUCGUGAGAUGAUGAGAUGUUAUAGGGAUGCAGAAAUUAACUGGAUAUCGAUUCAUGAUGCUGGAUGCACCAUUGAUGACACUGAUCUUCCUCAUCAUGUGACAAGUCAACAAGAUCUUGAUAGACUCAUCAGUGGGACUUUUAAAUCUUUCUUAGCUGUUUUACCUGCUCCACCUACGAUUGUCACUAUUGCUAGGUCCAGCUAUGAUGAAUAUUGCCCUCCGGAAGAUGUGGAUCAAAUUCAAGUAGGCGUGAUUGAUGAACUGAAAGAUAGACUUGGCAUUGAUGUGGAAACAAAAUUACUCUACUUGGAAGAGGAGGUUAAUUAAAAUUUAUACGCUACGGGCAUAAUUAUAAUUGUUCAUUUCAAAAACUAUACAUAUAUAAAAAUCAUGUAACUGUCGAUUAUUAUAUAAAUUUUAUUUUAUUAUACCGUUUGUAGUUCUUUUUGAUGAAUAAAAAAAGGUGACUUUUUACUCUA